GAUCUUUAGGACUGAACUGAACACACUGAGCCUCUGCCUACCAGAGACAUGCUGCAUUGUGGGGGGAAAUAUAUUUAUUUGUAUGCAAUUAGGCUAUAUUACAGUUGUAAUUAACGGGGGGUACAUGUCCGGACUUUGAGGUAGGCUGCAGAGAUAUAUCUGGGUUGCGAGGAACCAAUCUGGAUAAUCUCUUGAUUUCAUGCAGUAAGUGUUCACAGCAUCGCCGCUCUCUGACGUAUCGGUGGAACUACAGCCUGACAACAGCACGCGAUGGACUGGAGGUUGCCAUGGCACCGCGUCACAAUCGUAAGCGCUGAAGAGGGCUAGGCGUGGGAUCUGCCAUCUGUAGCAGGCAGCGGAAUUCCAGAGUCAAAGGGACAACAUGGAUUUAGAGGACAGUCCCUCCCCUCACAAAGAGAACCGGGACCGUCCCAGUCGUCAGCCCCGCAGGAGCACCGGAAAACCAGUUCGACCUCAGAAACGGGACGAGAGCCAGGGGGCGGAAGAGAAGGAGAGUUGUGCUGGGGACUGGGCCAAAACCAGGAUACAGGAACCAGACCCGGACAAGGACAGGGUGUCGGACGGAGAACCCCAGGGGAGCAGUGGGUCGUUCUACUCAGAGGACUACGAGAACCUGACACCCUCGGAACGCUCUCUGUCGCCCUACUCCCGCACUCCAUCACCCGGCCCCUGCCGCGCAGGACCCCGCGCAAAGAGGGUGUCCAGCAGCCCCUUCUACAAAAAAGGCGCACGUCGGGGGGUGUCUCGUCCUCCCCGUGUGGGCGCCCAGCCGCAGCGUUGGGGGGUACGGACCGGGUCCCAGAGUCUGAACAAAGACAAGGACUCCACAGUUCCUCCUAAAGAUCUGGACCUGGUGACCAAACGCAUGUUGUCGGCACGGCUGCUGAAGAUCAACGAGCUCCGCAACGCUCUGGCAGAACUGCAGCUCCGCACCGAUCAGCUCACCAAAGAGAACCGCGUCCUCAGACAGCUCCAGUUUCGCCAGGAGAGGGCACUGCAACGCUAUGAUGACACCGAUAGUGAGAUUGCCCAGCUGCUGUCACGCCACGCCAACGAGACUGCUGCCCUUCGGGAGCGUCUACGCCGGGCACAGGAGAGGGAGAGGGUGGCUGAGAGGCGCCUCAAAGACACCCAGGAGCAGCUACAACGUAGUCAGUCCUCUUUAGGUCGUCUGAGGCGCCUAGCGGAGCAGCAGGAGUUGGGGCCCCGGGAGGAGCUGACCAAGAGUCUAGAGCAGGAGAGGAUCAAGGACCAGGAAAACCAGCGCAGGAUCAAGGAGUUGGAGCGGAGCCUGGAGUUAAUCAGUAGUAGUUACCAGAGACAGCUGGCUUCAGAGAGGAAGAAGACACUCAGUAGCCAGGAGCAGGUAACAGCUCUACAGGAGGAGAUAGCACGGCUAAGCACCAAACUCAAGGAAAAGGACAGGGAGUUGGACACUAGGAACAUCUAUGCCAACCGAAUGUUGAAAGCAUCGCCCAGAAACAACACAGACCUCAAGAGAAAAGGUUUCAGUAAGACCAACUCUAAAGCGGUCCAGACAGAGAACAAGACACUGAGUCUGGACUUCCCCUCCCCGCCCCCAGUCAUCACUGACCCCGCUCCAGACGACUACCUGUCACUCAGGACAGGUGUCUGUAAGACCACUCCCACCUCUAGAGAGGUUGACUCAACUGAUCAAAGACAGGAGGAGACAUAUGAGAGAGAGGAGAGGGAGAAGGAGAGGCUUGACCGGGAAUUGAACACUCAUGAGGAAAAGACAAAGAGACUUGGAGAGGGUUGGGAGAAACAAGAAGAGGACAAGAAGAGGUGGUCCCAGAAAGAGGAAGAGAACAGGAAGAGGCACGGCCUGGUACAGCAGGAGGUUGAGAGGCGGAACCAGGAGGUUCUAGCCAGUCAAGAGUCUUCAGAAGCGGAGCGUCGCAGGAAAGAGCAGCUAUUGGCCAAGCUCCGGGAAAUUGACAGGCAGAGCAAGCCACCCCAGAACGCCGGCCUGUUCUCAGAGGUUGCCUCAGACCCCCCAGAGACAGGUUCCGCCGUUCGUUCUCCUCCAAGGUUUUCCGAGCCACGGACCCAGAAAUCUUCCAUCUUCAGUUUUACAGAGCCAGGCGAGACCGGGGGUGUGGCUGGGGGGAUGGGGAGUAGGGAUGGGGUCAGAUCAGGGCACGGGGGGGCGGACAGCGUUUUGGGACCAGGCCCGGGAACCGGAACCGGCAGAAGAGGACCGAGGGCUCAGAACUCCAGCGAGGACCUAUCUUUCGGUAGCUACGCCCCCUCUUUUGGACGGCCGGCCCCUAGGGGGGGUACAGGUUUUCCGCCCCCACCUCCACCCUCGGCUCUGGAAGCCCUGCUGGGAGGAGCGGAGGGAGACAAGGAGAGGGGGGGGUUAGGUAUGGGCGCUGGGAAGGAGAAGAAGUCUAACCUGUUAAAGCAGCUCUUUGGACCCCCCUCCAGCCCCUCCCCACCCUGCUGCUGCCCCCACGAGGUCCUCCCCAGCCCCCCGUCCCUGACCAGUCCCUGCAACCGAAGAGAAGGCUUCUUUACCUUUGACCCGCAGCUCCCCACCACUCCCCCAGCACCCCUCCUCUCCCUCCACGUUACGGAGAGCCGACCGGCUGUACGAGCCAUUGCCUCCUUCGACGAAGACAUUGAGGAACUCACCCUCUGAUUGGUCAGUUGAGGUGGAAGUGACUCUGAUUGGUUGAGGUGUUGUGGCUGGGUUUCCUCAGGGUUCUAAAAGCACUAAUGAUUCAUGUUUUUUUAUGAUAUCAGAUAAAUGUUCAGUUGACAUAUUGACCCUUUUCACUGGUGGGGGUGUCAGGGGUGUGUUAGUUAUGUAGCUGAAUGUUUGAGGCAGGGAGAGAGAUCAGCGGUCUUAUGUGUCAAAGGUCACAGUCGGAGUGGCCAUUUCAUCAUUUUAUCCCAUUGUGCUGUUUAACCUCAAACUGUUCCUAGAUCAGCACUCAGAGUCUGUACAGGCCCUGAUGUUUCAGUUGGGUUGAAUCUGAGCCCUGGACCAGAGGGUUUAUCCAGACCCCACCCUGGACCAGAUGGUUUAUCCAGACCCCACCCUGGACCAGAGGGUUUAUCCAGACCCCACCCUGGACCAGAGGGUUUAUCCAGACCCCACCCUGGACGAGAGGGUUUAUCCAGGUCCCUCCUGGACCAGAGGGUUUAUCCAGACCCCACCCUGGAUCAGAGGGUUUAUCCAGGUCCCUCCUGGCCCAGGAUUUCAAGGAGAAUAGAAGGAAAUGGCGACCUCCACUCCUGGAUACAUUGCUUCAGUAGAUGGUGCACUUCUGUACAUUGAGGACUGUGUCUUUCUCUUUCUGCCCCAAAUGCCACCCUACUCACUAUUUCUGACCAGUGUCUACGCAGGGCUGCAUUUAGGAGGCAAAUAAAUAGGUUAACGUCCCUCCCUGCCAAACCUUGAAAUAUAGUUUUUAACUUUUAUUAGGAUGACAGAUAGAAUCCUUGACAUUCCAUGUUGAUUUACUAUCUACUAAUGAGUGAUAGUCAAAUGACCAGAAGCCAACGUUGUAGUAACGUCUACUGAACAAUCAACAUCAAAGAAGGUUGCUGAGUAACGUUGAACAAAUUAUUCAAUUAUGUUUAACCCGCAGUUAGGACUGUAAACCUGCUGACAAUCACAGAUUCUGACCAAAGCCUACACAGAAAUAAUGUUACAUAAGAGCGUUUUGAUUAUUAAACCACCAUAGUAGUCAGGGUGGCAGGUAACCCAGCAGUCCGAGAGGCAAACCACCAACUGGAGUGUUGCCAGUUUGAAUCCUACCCCUUUAGGAGGCAUCACAAAAGAAGCUGAGGUCAAGUUGUUUAAUCUAUAUCUUGUCAUCCACAGGAUUGUUAGAAAUGUCAUAAGAGAGAAACAGCUCCCUCUACUGGCUUCUUAUAAAACAGCUCUGAGUCACAGGCACUAAAUCUAAAGGGGAAACAAAAUAUGGCUUCUUGGUCAAACUGUAAGGUUAGGUGUAUUUUAUUGAUAGGCAGGGUCUGUUACUUUGUGGGUAUGAAAACCAUGUGACAACCUGCAGAAAUCACUGACUGAUUUGAUAUUAGUUAGAAGGGCCAUGUGAUGGACUAGAACAAGCAACGCAAACAGCUUUCUAGUUCCAACUAGCACAUGAGGGCAUUGGACCUAUAAGAAAUGUUUGUUGGUUAUCGUUGCUUGACCCUGACAUCUAGCAAGUAUACUUUGUCAUAUAGAAUUGAAGGACCAACGUCUUAAAAUGUUAUUAAAAAUAAAUUCUCCUUGCUCAAAGCAUUGGGGAGUUCACGGACAUAAUACAAUAAUACCAUAAUCCUAUAACGAUAAGUCACUUGUUCAUGCAUUAUUUUGUCUGUAUUGUCUAUAAACUUUUUUACAUUUAUUUUUUAGAUUAUUUUCAAUGGCAUCAGUUAGGGGUUUUGGCAUUAUUAAAGUAGCAUCAGUUAAAUGUUUUGGCAUUAUCAAGGUAUACCAUUUUCAAAACAACAAAAAAAGUAUCUUUAAUCUGACUAAGUUAUUCUUUUAAACUAAGGAAUUGUGUUCAAGCUGAUGUCUUUGUUUAUUUAGUCGUACAUUUUUGUUCUGUUUUAACGUUAUGUAGUUAGUUGGCGUUUGCUUUCUUAUUGUUAAAACGAGAAAAUCAAUAAUGUUUAUUCGUUCAUUCGAAUAAAGGAAUGGAGUUAUAUUACCUCUGCUCAGCUUUACUGUACCGCAUCGUGGAGUUUUUGUUGCAGAAUUUGCUUGAUGGGCUUGUGGACGCUGAAAACUGUCUCGUGGAAAGGUUUUCGCCUUGGUUUAUUUCCCGAUUUUUCAAUUGACAGCGGCUGCAGUAGUCAGUUCCGUUCUUUGCGGCAAAACCUUAACUUCGACAACGUUAAGUAUAGUCUAUGACAAUAUUUAGACCAUCAUUAUGCAUCGGAUAUAUUUUCGGUAACGUUCACAUUUUAGAAUAAAAUAAUUUGAAUGCUGAUGUGUUAGCUUAAUCCAUACUCUUUUUGAAACAGUAUUUCAGCGCAGCAACAAUAUAUAGGCAAUGAAGGUACUUAAAUAUGUUUUUUUAUUAGCUAAUCCCGUGUUAUUA